GCUAGAAAAAGGAAAAAUGAAUGACACGUGUCAGUGUUAUUGAAAUUAGAAAGAAAAUCAUUCAGUCAAACAUAAAAACAGCAAAAAAGUUCCCCAAACCCUUCAAAAUGGAAUUUCACAAUGUCUAAAAUUAUGAGUCAAGAAGAAUCCACCAUAUGAUAAUAUAACGAAACCAUAUUAUGGUAUAACACUUGAAGCUGGAGCUGUAUUCGGGCUAACCACCAGAUCUACCAAUUUAAGAUGUCAUGUUCGGGUCCCCCAUCGAAAAAAUUAGAGUAACUAUGUUGGCCAUGUCUCCUGCUAUCCACCCGCCCUGCACUCCGAGCGCGUCAUGUGCUCCACCGCGAUGCCACCCAUCAAUACCCCCGUGUUCCAGGCCGGAAGAAUGUUUGAGGAAAACCGCAUCAGCCGGAAUAGAACCCUGUCGAAGCGCCGCAUCUAUUAUGGCUACAAGGUCCAAGACACCCUGUGGCUCGUGUGAUAAAUUUGGGGGGCAAAAUAUCUCGAAUCCUAGAAAGGCUGCGUUAAUUCAAAAAUAUCUUAAUAGAAAGUCCCGCGAAUCAAGAAAGAGAAGUCAAGAUAGGCUGAAAGAGACUCAUAGUUGUUCGGAAUAUCAAAGAAGACAAGGGAGCCAACGGUCGCAGGCGCAAUGUUGUGCAGGGCAAGGUCACCGAGGCCGAGUGCGGCAAUCCGCCUCCCGGCGCCGGAAUCCCAACUGCCAGCGCUGCUGCGCGGCGUGGUGCUGCCGGUGCUGCCGAGACUGCUGCGAACCAUGCUGCGACAAGUGCUGCAUCCCGUGCUGUUCCAAUUUCUUCUAUAAAACCUGCGUGGAAUCCUGUCGUCGUUGUUGCCGUUGCGUAAAAUGCACAAUAAUGUGA